AUGGCCAACAUGUAUGCUGCUCUCGCUCGUUACCAAGAGCGCUACGCUCCUGUCGAGCUGCUUCCUGCCUACUGUGGUGCUGGUGUGUGCUGCGUGCUCGUGUGGGUCAUCUCCAUGCCGCUGCGUAACGUCGGCUGGGCUUUCGGCGCGCAGGUCUGGCGCGUCGCAUGCUUGAACGGCUCGCUUUGUAACGCGUGCCUGUGCCAAUACAAUGCAGUGCUGCUCAAUCGCGAGGAAGAGCGCUAUGGAGACUACGGACCGAUGCUGCAUAAGUGGUGGUUUGCCGCUUACUCUACGUUCUACGCGAACCUGCCCGACUUGGGCACUCGUCGCCGGCGGGCGCUCGAAGGUUUCCACGUCGCGUGGAUAGUGACCAAGUUCGUGAUCUCGUUGGCGUUCUUCGCGCCGAUGGCGGCGUUCUACCUGCUCGAGUUUGCCCUGCUGGGAACGGUUGGCGUGGCUGUCGCGCUGAAGGACACCGACGAAUUUUCGCCUACAGGCAUGAUCAUUCUCGGACUCAAGGACCUGCGUGCAAGGGCUGCUGAACGCGAUCGUUCGGAGAAGGAGAGCCUGCAACAACUGCGAGGCAGUGACACUGCCGAAGACCAAACUACCGAUGCUGACGCCGUGGACGGCGUUGAAGUGACUAUCGAUGAAGAAGUUCCUCCUUGUGCUCCUGCGGCUAUCUCUGCCGAAUUCCGUGCUGCCGAGGAACGAUCGACUCUCCUGCGGCUAGAGCUCGCCCGCCACCCGGAGGUCCGUCGAGGACGAUGAACGUGCAGUCGGGGAAGAUGUCCCGUGCCGGGGUAUACCGACCCCGUGCCAGGCAUCGGGGCGGCGGACUCGCGUGUCGGCUGGAGUGCCGAAAUGGCUACAUCCUACGAGGGGUACCGAUUGUGAGGUACCCGAGUUGCUGCUGGAAAUGAUGGCGCGACGCACGUGUGAGGUGGAACUCUUGGGGGUCCGUGGACGUCUCCAUCCCCGCUCGAGGACGGGUGUCGUGCGUACGAAACAACGGAAUGUGGUGUGAAUGCGGAGGGGUUGUCGUGCCCAAGGACGAAGGGUACACCUGCAACUCCGAGAAGCGCAAGGAGAGGUAUUGACCUUAAGAUCGACGGCGGCCGUGCCGACCCUCGGCUUGUAGAUUCAGUCGUAAAUCUUCCCUGUCUUGUGAACAACAACAACCACAAAGAAAGCUUUUGUAUCAACU